AUGUAUGAACUCACGAUUCACAAUAAUGGUGACAAUGUAACUAUGCCGAAUACAAUUGGAAAGAACGAUCGAGUUCCUUCCCUUCUUGAUGAUCUUAUCAAGUUGACUAUCGAGUAUUUCGUGGCGAAGGGGUACAGUAACACCGAAAUCGUUUCUCGCCUACGCAAACACUAUGAUGCUGAUGAUUUACCUCUUGAAAAAGCGGCACUCUUAGUGGGGACUGAAGUCCGCUUGUGGGCAAGCCCAUGCCACCACAAGUCCUGCAAUCGAGCGAGUGCGAGCACGCUUCCAAAAGCAGGAAAAUAUCACUGUGUCAAGCAAAGAAAGUUGAUUCUUCGCUACAUGAAUGCUCACCAUCAGGAAGAUGUUCAAGCUCGCAAGAGUCUACGCCUGAAGAGGAGUGUCUACUGGACCGCGAGUGUCAAUGAUGUUUGGUAA